UAUUCACUUUUGGUGAAUUGGAGAUACGUGACGUGACGCCUAUCUUUCUCUGGUUAUCAACAAACAAAAGCGUAAUUUUCUACAUAUUUACAUUACAACUUCGGCCAAAGUAAUACGGAUAAACCUCGAGGAGAGAUCAGCAGUUUGUUCUUGGUGUAUGUUUAUUCCUCCGUUUAUUUUCAAUUUGUGUUAUCAUAAGGCAACUGCUAAUGCAUUGCAUGAGAGGAGUUCAUAGUUCAUUAGCUGGAUAGACUAUGCUUGUUGGUCGUAAGGUUGUGCAUACUUAUGUUUAUAGUUGGUCAGUCAAGUUGUGAUCAAUGUAAAGCUUUACGUGUAUUUAGUACGUCUCUUCAACCACGAAGAAUUAGUUGAGUGGAUAUUAUUAUGAAAAAUCUGACACACAUAAUAUAUAUUCACUGCUAGUAAAUAAGAGCAAGUGUGGUAAUUAAGUGAUUUUUUGGCAGUUUUGAAAGAGGGACGCAGGCACGCACGUACAUUAUUCUUGUCUUGUCGUAGUGUUUGGUGAUUUUAAGUUUGACAAUCGGAAAACAUGGCCGGAGCACUGAGAAGGGUUUACGUUGUGGGAGUGGGGAUGACGAAGUUUUCCAAGCCGGGGACUUCAGCAGACUAUCCAGAAAUGGCACAGGAAGCCGUUAAGAAAGCGUUGUCUGAUGCCAAACUAAAUUACAAUGAGAUUGAACAAGCUUGUGUUGGAUAUGUUUAUGGUGAUUCGACAUGCGGUCAGCGUUCUCUGUAUGGGGUUGGAAUGACUGGGAUUCCGAUUUACAAUGUGAACAAUAACUGUUCCACAGGGUCAUCUGCCUUGUACCUUGCAAAACAACUAGUGGCCGGUAUGCAAGCGGAAUGUGUCCUGGCACUCGGUUUCGAGAAAAUGGAGAAAGGUUCACUGGGUUCUUCCUUCCCAAAUAAAACAAAUCCAUUGGAUAAGCAUGUUGAAGCCAUGAUAAAUGUUUCUGGAUUUGCACAAGCACCAGUAGCAGCUCAGUUUUUUGGCAAUGCUGGUUUGGAACACAUGAAAAAAUAUGGGACAAAGUUGGAGCAUUUUGCAAAGAUUGCUUUGAAGAAUCAUAAUCAUGGGUCAAAAAAUCCAAAAUCACAAUUUCAGCAGAUUCGAACACUGGAGGAGAUUAUAAAUUCUCAAAAGGUUCACGAUCCUUUGACAAAACUGCAAUGCUGUCCAACGUCUGAUGGUGCAGCUGCAGCUAUUAUUGUUUCUGAAGCUUUUGUAAAACUCCACAAUCUCCAGAGUUCUGCAGUCGAAAUUUUGGGAAUGGAAAUGGCCACUGAUUUUCCUUCGUCCUUUGAAGAACCCAGCGCAAUAAAAUUGAUUGGUUAUGACAUGACAAAGAAGGCGACGGAAAAAGUUUUGCAAAAGGCCGGAAAGUCAAUCAAUGAUGUCCAAGUUAUUGAACUCCAUGACUGCUUCUCUGCAAAUGAGCUUGUAACGUAUGAAGCCCUCGGCCUGUGCGGCGAAGGAAAAGCGGGAGAAUUUAUUGACCGUGGAGACAAUACUUAUGGAGGAAAAUACGUUGUUAAUCCAUCUGGGGGUCUAAUUUCUAAGGGUCAUCCCUUGGGGGCUACAGGUCUUGCACAAUGCGCGGAACUGUGUUGGCAACUUCGAGGGGAAGCGGAACAGCGCCAAGUCCCCGGCGCUCGAUUGGCUUUACAACACAAUCUUGGACUCGGAGGGGCCGUCGUCGUGGCACUUUAUCAACUUGGGUUCCCAUCAGCGGCAGCAUCCACGAGCACUACCAGUACCACUAGUUCCGGAAUGGGUGAAGAUUCCUUCAAGUGCUCCCCAGUGUUUAAACUACUGGAUGUUACAUUACAAGAAAAGGGAGAAGAAUUGGUGAAAAAAGUUAACGGGAUUUAUUGUUUCAAGGUGCAAGGCAAGGAUGGGAAAGAGGUCCAUUGGAUCGUUGAUGUCAAGAAUGGAAAGGGCAAAGUAGAAUUCCAAGGAAAAACCAAUCCGGAUGUCACUCUUCAGAUGGAUGAUCAGGAUUUGAUGGAUCUGAUGUCAGGUACCCUCAAUGCUCAAAAAGCCUUCUUCCAAGGAAAACUAAAGAUCAAAGGAAAUAUGGCUUUGGCCAUGAAACUUCGUGAAUUUCAAACGGAAAUUCAAAAAGCUACUGCUGCGAAGCUUUAAAUUGCAAUCAUGAUGAUUCCUCACAUAAAAUAAUAUAUUAUAUGUAAUUCAGUCAGUCAUUCUUCCACGAUGAGAAUGAAUUAUUCGGUGUGCUAUUUAAUGUACGUCAAGUCAAAAUUAAAAUUGAAAUGUCGUUUAAUGUAAAGUUUCUUCGUGCUUUCGUACUUUCAUUACUUGACUUUUGAAUAAAUUCAUAUGCCAUAUUUCUAGACAUAA